UGUUACAACAUUUGGGAGGCGCAUGGCGUCAGCCCUAGUCAAAACACCUAAAAACAAGACAUGGUAUCAAAUUCGAUAUACAACGAGCUGAAACUAGCCACCUACGGUUCCCCACAUUGCAGCUUCUUGUCAUUGUUGCUAUCUGACCAUUCAGAAUAACACCGCACGCCUUCCGACCACAUCGAUGCGUGCGCAUCAUUUUCAUUUUCGCCAACCCGUCUAUAGGAGCAAAGCAGGAAGUAAAAGCAAAGUAAAAGCAGGAAGUGUACCCAACAAUAUGUGCUGUGGUUUCUUGAUUCAAUUCAACUGACGUUACAAAAAAUACAUUCCAUUGCAUGAGCGACAUCAGUUCACAGGCAUGCUCCCUGUGCUCCCUCUAGAAGUCCUGGAGGAGAUGCUCCUGAAUGUCCCUCCACACCAGGUGGUGUGUGUCUGUCGACUUGUGUGCCGUGAGUGGAAAGAAGUGGUGGACAGUAAUUAUCUUUGGAGAGAGAGGUGCCGAAGAGAAGGAUACCAGACACAUGAUGUGACUAAACUACCUAAAGACUGGCGUUUGUUUUACUUCUUGAGCAAGAAGAGACGUAAUCUUCUCAAGAACCCCAGAGCAGAUGAUGAAUUCAAUGGCUGGCAAAUUAUUGAGAAUGGAGGGGAUAAAUGGACAAUAGAGUCAGCGGAAGGAGUGCCGCUUCCUGAUAACACAGUGAAAAAAUACUUUGCAACUUCUUACUCGACCUGCAGGAAGUCUCAGCUGAUUGACUUGGAGAAAGAGGGUUACAGGCCUUUCAUGGAUGACUUUCAACCUGACAUCAUAAUAUCCGACUGGUAUGCUCCACGUAAGGAAUGUGGCGCUAAAUAUGAGAUCUGUGUUGAGUUGCUAAAUCAUGAGAAGAAGACAAUUAAGAAGUUUCGUCCAGAUACUGUCAUCUUUCAAAACUGGGAUGAUCAUAAAUGGAAUCAGAUGACUCAUGUGUUCAAGAAUUAUGGACCAGGUGUGCGGUACAUCCGAUUCACUCAUGGAGGAAAGGACACCCUGUUCUGGGCCGGCUGGUAUGGAAUUCGGGUCACCAACAGUAGCAUAGAGAUUUGCCCAUCGGUGGACAGAUAGCUUUCGGUGUUCCCAUUUACUCUCCCAAGAGGUUACAUGUGAACAUUGUGCCUAACUGCAAGCUUUACUUUAGCAUCUGAAACCUACCUUAGCAUAGUGUACACCUUGUUAAGUCUUUUCUGCCUUAGGCAAUAGGCACACUAUGUUUUAUUCUCUGUGGAUCUGGACGAUUCUAGCUGUAGAAUAUAUCAUUUUUGAUAUAUUGAUCAUGUUCAUUUUCCCCUAGUCUGAUUUAGUGCCUGGUCUUGUCCACUCUAUUCUAAUGAGUCCUUGUGGACACUGUAGAGAGAAACAGAAGACGAGUAUGUGUUCCUCAGUCUUAUCUUUCAGUGAUAGGGUCAUAAUAUUUUGUAGCUUUAACCGUAAGAAAGAUAGAGCCACAUUUGUAGGAAGAAAACAGAAAUCGCUCUGUUUAUUACAACCGUAUCUACAGUGGUUUGCAAAAGUAUUUAUCCCCCUUGGCGUUUUUCCUAUUUUGUUGCAUUACAACCUGUAAUUUA